CUGAAUUUAUGCAAAUUACAGAAAUUGUAUUAUAUUUUACUUUCUUCCUAAAAACAGACAGACAUUACUAAAAAUCAGGGAAACACAAACCUAUGCAAUUUGCAUUUUUCUAGAAGUAUUUUCAAUCCUCUAUUAAUGUCUAUCUCUAACUCAAACUUCAAUAGUUCCAGAUUUGUUCUCACUGGUUUUCCUGGCCUAGAGGUUCACUGUCCCUGGCUCUGCAUUCCUUUCUCCUCCAUCUAUGCUCUGGUGUUCCUGGGAAACUGCAUGGUGCUCCAUGUGAUCCGGACUGAGUCAAGCCUACACCAGCCUAUGUUCUAUUUUCUGGCCAUGCUGGCCCUCACUGACCUGUGCAUGGGGUUUUCUACUGUGUACACAGUGCUGGGGAUCCUGUUGGGGUUAAUUCAAGAGAUCAGCCUGGAUUCCUGCAUUGCCCAGUCUUAUUUUAUCCAUGGUCUGUCCUUCAUGGAGUCCUCUGUCCUCCUCGCUAUGGCGUUUGACCGCUACAUUGCCAUUUGCUACCCAUUGCGCUACUCAUCCAUCCUAACUAAUGACAAAAUUAUGAAAAUUGGAGUGGCAAUCUUAUGUAGGAGUUCUUUACUAAUACCUCCAGUCAUCAUCCGUCUGAAGUUCUUAAAUUAUUGCCAUCCUCACAUCCUUUCUCACUCUUUCUGCCUGCACCAAGACUUAAUUAGAAUGGCCUGCUCAGACAUCCGCUUCAAUAGCAUUUAUGCUCUGACACUGGUGAUCAUCAACCUGUUGUUAGAUGCAGUGCUCAUACUCAUCUCCUACAUCAGGAUUUUGCAUACAGUCUUAGCCAUUGCAUCCUGGGAGGAGAGACUCAAGUCUUUGCAGACCUGUGUAUCUCACAUCUGUGCUGUUUUGGUUUUCUACAUCCCAAUCAUUGGUCUGACAAUGGUGCAUCGCUUUGGGAAACACCUCUCACCAUUGGUUCACGUCCUCAUGGGCAACAUCUACGUUAUUUUACCACCCAUGAUGAACCCUGUUAUUUACAGUAUAAAGACUCAACAGAUACAAAAAAGAGUCCAGAGAUUGUUCUGCAUGAAAGGAGCAUAA